AAAUUCUAAAUUCAUUAAAUUAUAUGAUUGUUAAUCAUAAUCACAAUCAUAACAAUGUUUUGUCCGAUUAAAGUGCGGACCAAUUGGUUUCAAACGCCUCCCAUUCCGGCCGAGUCUUUACGUCUGGAACACAAUUGGCUUAUUUGCAGACAAAUGAUUGUCUUCUCCGGAAAUAUAAUGACUCUCGUCUAUAGCUUUAUGAUUGUCUUUGUCUUGAAUUGGAUGGCAUUAGAGUCGAAGAGUUUGCCCAAACAUUUGGCCAAAUAUCCGGUCGAUAGUGACUAUCGGAUCGUCUAUUUCUGCGGCGUUUUCUCCUUUAUUGGCUGUCUUUCAACUAUUUUUAAGAGUAAUUUCAAUGUGUAUCUGGAAAUGUUUACCGAUGUGAACGACACGGGACGCAGAGUUACCAUAAAGAAACCUAAAGUCAAACGCGAUAUAGAGUGCGAAAAAUUGUGUCCAUUGAUUGCCGAACCGGUGAUUGACUUCUCGAAGCAAAAGUUAAAACUAUUGAAGAAUUCGUUUACUUAUAACCCAAUCUAUACGAUAAAUGUUGUCUUAUUGUUGGCUCUGAUGCCAUUCGAGAUAUGGGUAGCCAAAAGUGCUGUCGUUUAUUGUCUCGACAAUUAUACAAACUAUUGGGUCGUCGAAGAGAAACGCAAGAACUAUGUGCUGCUAAUGGCUCUGUGCCUAAUGGUGCUCAUCGUGUCGGCGGUGAUCAUCCAGACCUGUAUUGUCGUCUAUUACUGCGAUCUCAUCGACACAUCCAUCGACAAGAAGACGCAGACAUUUGCGCCGAGACGUCGGACCAGUUCGGCGGUGGAUCGCAGGACCGGUAGUCCCGAGAGGUAUCAACAUAUAAAGCGACAGCGAAUGGUCGACAUUCAGCGCCAGAAGAAUAUUCGGUUUCAUAAUUUUUUAACCCAAUACCAGAGCUCUUUGCAAACGUCGCCCAAACUGGCGGCCGACCAGAGGCUGAAGAGAUUGUCGGUUGUGGGCGCCCACUGUUCCACCUCUUUCUCCUCCACCUGUGAUAAUAGUAUAGGAGUUGAUCUCUAA